CAAGGCUUUCCUGUCCUUCCUCCUCCAAACCAAACCAAAGAUGUUCCAACUUGGGAGCCUUGUGGUCUUGUGUGGCCUGCUUAUUGGGACCUCAGAAUCACUUCUUGGUGACGUUGCCAAUGCUGUGAAUAAUUUGGACAUUCUUAAUUCUCCCUCUGAAGCUGUCGCUCAGAAUCUGAACCUGGAUGUGGGGUCACUUCAGCAAGCCGCAACUUGGCCAUCAGCCAAGGACAGCAUUCUCGAAACAUUGAACAAAGUGGAGCUUGGCAAUUCAAAUGGCUUUACACCUUUGAAUGGUUUAUUGUUGCGAGUCAAUAAAUUUAGAGUCCUGGAUCUUCAAGCUGGGCUGUCUUCCAAUGGCAAAGACAUCGACCUGAAACUGCCCCUGACUUUUGACAUUUCUUUCUCUCUGCCUGUCAUUGGCCCUACGCUCGACGUUGCUGUUUCCUUGGACCUCCUAAACUCAGUCAGUGUUCAAACCAAUGCCCAGACUGGCCUCCCUGGGGUGACCCUAGGAAAAUGCUCCGGUAAUACAGACAAAAUCUCCAUUUCCUUGUUGGGCAGACGACUUCCCUUCAUCAACCGUAUUCUGGAUGGUGCAUCUGGCCUCCUCACAGGUGCAGUGUCAAUCCUGCUGCAAAACAUCCUAUGCCCAGUGCUCCAGUACCUCCUCAGCACAAUGAGUGGAAGUGCUAUUCAGGGUCUCCUCUCUAAUGUACUAACAGGACAGCUAGCAGUCCCCCUCUGAAGAGGAAGAACAGAAGGAGGAAGCCAUGACAACCCCUGCUGGUUAGUCUCCACUGGCUUUAUUUUACUUCUGGUGGCAUUUCUUUCUGGGAAGUUCUACUAUCAUCCACACAAAGUCUACCUGAUACCAAUGGAAGGACUCUCCCAGAUUCCCUUCUUCCCUGAGUAGUCUCCACACCUGUCACCACCAUCCCAGCAAUAAAAUCCUAACUGC